AUGGGAAAAAUUGAAGGUAUCACGGAUGACAACAACGACAACACAACGGACUUUCUCUCCUCGUCCUUCAUUACCCCUCAACAGCCGCAACGCAAGUCCUCGAAAACGACGAACUCGAGGCGUUCCACCGGAAACCCACUGAGUGCACAGCGGAAACUCGCAUCUAUUGCGCAGAUCCAGGAUGCUCAACCUUUAUCCCGCAAGCUUCCAUCCACGAUGACCUCGGUACUUGUCCAGAAUGUGAAAAAAGAACAUUUACCCUACCGUGUCCUCGCUCAUCCUGGUGUUGAUUGUCCACUCGAUGAGAAGUUCCAGGAGAGAUGCUACCAUUGCCGAGCUAUGGUCGAGUUAAAACUAUGGUUGCAAUCAUAUAACAUGCCGGUAAGUAGCGAGGGUCCCUCCCUAAAAUUGUUGGUUAUGUACUUCCCACAACUGACGUGCCAACAAACAAUUAAGACGCGUAAGGGAAUUCUGUUAUGUAUGCGGUACAAUUUGGAAGACAUGCAACUUCCCAUUGUGCUAAUGCAGGGCCAGCAGCGCGCCGUAAUUUCAUGGACCAAGUCAUUCAAGGUCUCCGCCAACACGAAGAUCAAGGAUGUAACCACCAAGACAUCGCACAAUUCAGGAGGCGCUUCGAGGGAAGCAUGCGAUGUGAACUUUGCUUGGAUGUGA